CUCCAAUAGUAGACAAUAAAAAGUGAUUGUAUCCUGUCUACAAAAUGCACACUAAUAUACACCUUUUUGUUCUACAUACUAUAGCGAAAUUAGGUAUGUAGAAUCACUCCAGAAUACUUUAUCCUCUUCUAUACUCUUCUAUUUUCAUCUAUUGGUGAAAAUACUUAAUCAUCUUUGUGUUACAAUGAAUUUGGUUGAGAAUAGUGAAUUGAGUAGGAUCAAUGCUCUGUUGGAUAAGUUUGACGCAUCGGAUCGGGUAUUCGAUGUAAAGCUAGAGAUUUUGACUUUUUCUUCUAAACGUUCGGAAAUAUCCUCUAGACAGCAGGCCUACGUGGAAUAUUUUUCAUAUUUGAUGAAUCAUUGUUUCCCUGACUACAGUUUCAGCCAUUUGGGUACCAAGCACUUCAAUCAAGUGAAGGACCUUGGUUCAGUGAUAAAUGACAUCGAUUACAACCUUUCUUUUAUAGUUGAGCGUUUUGUCCCUGGUUUUGCUAAGGAUUUCUGGACGCUGAUCAAGGACAUCGUGCCUCUGAGUGACGUUGAUAUCUACACAUUUGACAGCUGUGGAGAAGACACGCCAUUCAACGAGGACAACUGUCUGCAGAGCUUCAACUACUUUUUCUUGGAUAAAAGACAGCAGCUAGUUCUAUUCUUAUGUUGCGUGUCCACUGGCAAGUGUAAUUUCAACCAGGGUUUACCAGAUGAAAGUGGAUUCAAUGUACCUUGCUAUCAAGAGAAUGAUUCGUCCGGGCACGAGGAAGAUUGUCUAUCUGAAGUAGAGGUACCUGAGACUAUGUCGUAGCUUGGAGGUUGUAACUUCUGACAUUUAAAAGGCAGUCUCCAUGCAUCACCCGCAUGUGUAGAAUAGGAUAGUUUUAUAUACACUCGCAAUUUAGCUGCUCGGAUUUUAAUACAUAUAAUC